CUGCUGCUGCUGCUGGUGGCCGGCGCCGGCCUCUACUUGGGCUGGGGGUCCGGGGCCGGUGGGGGGCAGCCGCGGGGCCCGCCCGGCGCUCAGCUCGGCCACAAGCCCCGGAGCCUCUCCAGCAGCCAGGUGAAGCGGCUGGCCUCCCUGGUGGACCUCCAGCGCCUCUGGGGCUCCUUCCUGAAGCCCAUGCUGAUCGAGCGGUACCCGGGCAGCCCGGGCAACAGGAAGGUGCGGCAGUUCAUUGUGGAUAGCCUGGCCACGCUGGCUGCGGGCUGGCGGGUAGAGCUGGACGCCUUUGAGGAUCGGACCCCGCGAGGUAUCGUGAGCUUUGCCAAUGUAGUGGCCACGCUGGACCCCGCUGCCGGGCGGCGCUUGGUCCUGGCCUGCCACUAUGACUCCAAGUACUUCCCCCGCGACCGGCAGGGCCGCACCUUCCUGGGGGCCACCGACUCGGCCGUGCCCUGCGCCAUCCUGCUGGAGCUGACCACGGCCUUGGACGCAGAGCUGCUGAAGGCCAAGGAGCAGAGCCUGUUUGUCCUGCUGGACCUGCUGGGGGCCCGAAACCCGACCAUCCAGAACCACUUCCCCCUCACCGCCUCCUGGUUCGACCGGCUCGUCGGCAUCGGUACUGAACCUUCCUUCCUUCCAAGGGACGAAGAAUUUCCCCCAGAUUUGAAAACGAUCACAGAGCGGAAAUUCGGUUUCCAGAUCAGCUUCAGUGAGCACUGA